AUCAUUAUUAUUUUGUCCUAUAAAACAGGAGACGCAAUCAUUUGCAGAAAUACAGUACUUAGCUAAUAGCUCUUGAUUUUAUUUCCUUAGCCAAAGAAAUGGUAAUUCCUUCAUCUAUAACUCCAAUUGUCAAAAGGUUAGAAGGUAAAGUAGCAGUGAUCACAGGUGGAGCUAGUGGAAUUGGAGAGGCCGCAACACGACUUUUCACAAAACAUGGCGCCAAGGUUGUGGUUGCUGAUGUUCGAGAUGACUUAGGUCGAGCCCUCUGCAAAGAAUUAGGCUCAAACGACACCGUUUCCUUCACACAUUGCGAUGUUACGAACAAAAACGACAUGCAAAACGCUGUAGACGGAGCAGUUUUGAGGUACGGAAAGCUAGACAUCAUGUUCAGCAACGCGGGCAUAACUGGAAACAUGAAGGAUCCGAGUAUUUUAGCCACGGACUACAACAACUUCAAGAACGUAUUCGAUGUCAACGUUUACGGGGCAUUUUUAGGAGCCAAAAUUGCAGCCAAAGCAAUGAUACCAACUAAAAAAGGAAGUAUUUUAUUCACUUCUAGUAUUGCUUCUGUUAUUGGUGGCAUUGCUUCACCAAUAACAUAUGCUUCAUCAAAACAUGCUGUGGUUGGACUAGCUAAACAUUUAGCUGUGGAAUUGGGACAAUAUGGAAUAAGGGUCAAUUGCAUUUCUCCAUAUACUGUUGCAACACCACUUGUUAGGGAAAUUUUGGGGAAAAUGGAUAAGGAGAAAGCAGAGGAAGUUAUCAUGGAAACUGCUAAUCUUAAAGGGACAAUAUUGGAACCUGAAGAUAUUGCUGAGGCUGCUGUUUAUUUGGGAAGUGAUGAGUCUAAGUAUGUGAGUGGUAUUAACUUGGUGAUUGAUGGAGGAUAUAGUAAAACUAAUCCUCUUGCCUCAAUGGUCAUGCAAAACUAUAUUUAAUUUCUAGAAGAAGAUGAAGGACUACUCUUCUACUUAAGUUUCUGGUUUUUUGUUUGUUUGUUUGUUGUUUAUGAGUUCAAUAUCAUGUAAGUGUGUUCUUGUAUACCAUGUAUGCUAUACCAACAAAAUACGCGAUUGGACAAUAUUUAGUUGAAGUUGAAAAAUAGUAAUUAAAUCUGAAGGCGUAAAAGGUUAUUGAAAAUUGACAGUUUCGUUUCAACAUGAACUUCACUUGAAAAAAAA